ACGUUAGUUUCUCAUUUAACAUUUUUCUGUGAACUUUCUAUGAAAAUUAUCCUAAAAGAAGAUUAAAACAAGAUCAAAAUGACUCAAAGCCAGAAAAAUAUACAGGAACAAGACAAACCCGUAAAUAUGGAGGAUAUUAUCGAUUCUGAGUCCAAAGAGAAGGCCUUAUAUCUGAUACAAAUUCAAUAUCUGGAGGAUCGGCUGGAGAGUUGUCAGCUUAAACAUGAGGAACUGGGGAAACAGACCAUGGAGCAGGCCUCGCUGUACAACGAGCUGGAGGACGACAAGAAAGACACCACUGAGUUGCUGAAACGCACCCUGGUUUCAAAAGAGAAGAAGGCGAAGGAGCUGGCUGAGCAGAUAGAGAGUAAGCAGCAGAAGGACGAACAGGACAGAGAGGCCGUGAAGCUGCAGCACAGCCAGCACAUGAAAGAGCUCCACGAGCACUUCCAUGAACUCAAAUCAGAGAAGAUGAUGCUGGUGGCAAAGCUUCAGGAGCUGGAGGAGUCGGAGGAGCGGCUGAUACUGCAGAGGCCGUCGAUGUCCGACAUUGAGCUUCUUAUGAAGGAGCUGGACUGUCAUGAGGAAAAGCAUCUAGCUGCCAUCGACAGGCUGAAGAAGGAAACAGAGUUGGAGAAGGAAAAGAUGAUGAUUUGGAAGCAGUACAUGGCGGACAGAGUCGUUGAGCAGAAGACCUCACAGAUUCUCAGGGUGGAGAGAGCUCAUCACAGAGAGCGGCUGGAGAUGCUCCCGUUCCUGCUGAACAAAAACUUGACUCUGUUGAGGGAGAAAGACGUCCUGCGAGACAAAGUCAGGGAUCUUUGCUGUGAGAGGGACCACCUCAAGAAAGAUCUCAAAGACAAUAUCCGGGAGAGCUUCACCUGCAAGGAGGAGGUGGAGCAGCGGACGAAGGAGUGGCAGCAGCUGAAGGUGGAACUGAAGGACCGUAGCGUCGCCCACAAGAAUGCGCUGGCUGAGAAAGAGACUCUCAGACAGCAGCUGGCCUCACUGUCCAAGCAGAGCCGUCAAAAAGCAGCCGAGGCAGUUCAGCUGAGGCCAGUGCUCCAGAGAGAGAGCAGCAGGAGGAGGCAGCUGGAGGGCGUCAUGCAGGAAGCAGUCAUCGUUCUCAGACACAUCCUGAUGGACUCAGAGAAGGUUUCCGAGAGGAAAACGCUGAGGCUGCUGGAGAUCCUGGAGAGCAGCGCCGUCCCGGGGUCCAGGCUCCGCCCUCAACAACUCACCUGAGGAGAGCAGGUUUUUCAGUAAUAAAUAAUGGAAACAUACAUAUAUUAGCAUAAGGCAAGCAUAUUUGAGUAUUAAAUACUUGAUAAAUC